AUGUCGCGCUCAUCUAUCGAUUCAUCCACUUCAAUCUCCACUACCGACACCUCGGUCAUUUCUCUCGAGAGCCUAAGAUGUCGUUCCAUGCGGGUGUUCCUUGUACAGACUGCCCGUGGCCUGUUCUCCUCGUCAGGAGGCUACAAGGCUAAUCUCUGCUUGCUGCGUUAUCUUGCCUCACGCGGCCACUCUGUUCGACAACUCUGCUACACGCACAAAAGUGAAAUUGAAGGUUAUAUCCAGGAGAUGGUCCAUGGUGGCCAGCAUGAUCUGCGCCUUAAAAGAAAGAAGCUUCACCUGAGAGAUCAGGAUGAUGUCCCUGGCAUCGUUGUCGAAGUCGUGGAGCUGACGAUGGAAGAUGGGGUGGAGAUAGUAGCACUCGAGAUGGACCCGUUCGACGCUGCAUUUGGAGUUGUCGGGAUCCACAGAGCAAUGGCCAUAGAAACGGCGGAGUACAUUGAGAAUGAGAUGAUCAAAUAUUCGCCCACACAUGUCAUCUCGAACGAUGGCUUAUCUAUGCAGGCCAGCAGAACUCUGGAGCUUCCGGACCUGGAUCNNAUACGCCCAUCGUGCACAAACAUGGACGAGGCCUGGGAGGUAAUCAAGGUCCUCCUUGUGCCCUCUGUAUGGUACGAAGCAUGGGGCAUAGUGGUCAUCGAGGCUCACCUUCGCGGCAUUCCUGUCAUCUGCUCGGAUGCUGGCGCAUUACCGGAGGCAUCGCGGGGUCUUGAUCACGUCAUUCCAGUGAAUGCUAUCAAAGGUGAACGUGAUGUCAAUGGCGUCUAUCUUGUGCCUGAGCAAGACAUCAAGCCGUGGGCAAGAAUUCUGAACAAGCUUAUGAGCGACAGGGCGGCGUAUGAGAAGCUAUCGUCAGAGGUGCAUACCAAGACAAAGAGAUGGCUGAGGGAAUUGGACAUGACUGCCCUGGAGAGUUGGCUACUCGGCUUGAACAAGGAUUUGGAGAAAUGCAGCGAAAGCUAG